CACAAAUACCCUUCUUCCUCUGCUCAUUUUUCACCAGUGUUCUUCCCACUCUCGCUUCUUGUUUUCUUUCCUCUCUACAUGUCCGGGCUGUUGUAGUAGUAGUGGGUUGUGGUGGAAGAAGAGAGGUCUGUCUUUGGAAAUACCAUUCCGGGCUGCUGAUUUCUUUUCUUGAGAGAGAGGAGAGAGAAAAUGGUUAUGUCUGAUGAGAACAAUGCUGUUCGGAUUAGACCUACAAAUGGACAAGAAGGUGGGGGAGAAAUGGGUGGGAGGAAGUUUGGAGCUGAGAUCAGAUCCAACAGAAGAGCUCUCAGUGUGAUUAAUCAGAAUCUGGGAGGAGCUAAUCCAUACCCUUGUGUUGUUAACAAGAGAGGCCAUCCAGAGUCAAAUGGGGUUUGUGAUAAGAAUGCUCUACUUCCAGCUCAUAGGCCUAUAACAAGGAAAUAUGCUGCGCAAAUGGCAGGCUCGCAGCAUUUCUGCCCGGAGGAAGCAAAGAAACCAAAGACAUCAACCAGUGAGUUCACUGUGUGGGAGGACAUUCCUCUAACAGAUGCAGAGGAUCAUGGAACAGCUAAAGACCAGCCUGUGCCCAUGUCUUUGGAACAAUCAGAGAUUGAAAUGACAGAGAAAAAUCAAAUGAAGGAGGUUGAGAUGGAGGACAUAUUCGAAGAGACCGUUGUCGACAUUGACGGUGGUGAUGCCAAGGAUCCACUUGCUGUAGUGGACUACGUCGAAGAUCUAUACGCCUACUACAAGAAAAUGGAGAGUUCGAGUUGUGUUUCACCGGGAUAUAUGGUACAGCAAUUUGACAUCAAUGAAAGAAUGAGAGCUAUUCUCAUUGAUUGGCUCAUAGAGGUACACCACAAAUUUGAACUCCGGGACGAGACGUUGUUUCUAACAGUAAAUCUAAUUGAUCGAUUCUUAGCAAAGCAAUCCGUGGUGAGGAAAAAGCUGCAGCUCGUCGGUCUGGUUGCUAUGUUAUUGGCGUGCAAAUACGAGGAAGUCUCGGUCCCUGUUGUGGAUGAUUUGGUUUUCAUUUCAGAUAAAGCUUAUACAAGGAAAGAAGUGCUUGAAAUGGAGCGGUUGAUGCUAAACACUUUGCAGUUCAACAUGUCGGUUCCGACUCCUUAUGUUUUCAUGAGAAGAUUCCUCAAGGCUGCUCAGUCAGAUAGAAAGCUUGAACUACUUUCUUUCUUCUUGAUUGAGCUUUGUCUAGUGGAAUACGAAAUGCUCAAGUAUCCACCGUCCUUUCUCGCUGCUGCUGCAAUAUGUACUGCACAAUCUACACUCUACGGCGCCGGGCAGUGGAGCAAGACGUGCGAGUGGCACACCGGCUACUCAGAAGAUCAAAUGCUAGAAUGCUCGAGACUGAUCGUCGGGUUCCACGACAAGGCCGCAACCGGAAAACUAACAGGGGUUCACAGAAAGUAUAACUCAUCCAAGUAUGGAUAUGCUGCAAGAUGUGAACCUGCACAUUUUCUUGUACAAAUACCACCACAAUAGACAGAGCAUGUACAGUUUUACUAACUUUAUGUGAUUUCUGUAAUUGUGCUGAUACUACUAAACUUGGGGGGGUGAUGCAAUAGUUGUUCAGUCAUCGGAGCUGUGG